AUGUCUAUAUAUACCCUUGGCGUGUGUAUCACGGCAGUAUUUAUCGCAGUUGGACUUUCUAGUGGAUUCCUUCAUCCAAACAGCAGAUUUAGGCCACAGAAUGGGAAAAUUAUAAAAGAGAACAAAUUAAAAUCCACAUAUCAUGGAAUAAAUCGGGGAAAUAACGGCCUAUCGCCAAGUUUUUUUGUAAACAAGGCAAAUCCUGAAGAUUCUACCUGUACCUUCGCAGAAGAUCCAGAAUAUGACAGUGAAACAAAGUUAAACAUCCAAGAACUUCCUGUUUUGGCCUUGGUAGGCCGUCCUAACGUAGGAAAAUCAUCGAUAUUCAAUCGCAUAACCAAACUGUUUCACCGUGGAAGUAUAGUCAGUGAAGUAGCUGGAACUACGAGGGAUCGCCAAUACUCGGUGGCUGACUGGAAUGGCAAAUAUUUUAGAGUUGUAGACACUGGUGGAUUUGAUAAAGAUGAGCAGUAUUCAGAGCCUAUAAAACGGCAAAUCGAUGAGGCGAUCGUAGAAGCUUCAGUUAUAGUAAUAGUUGUUGAUGCUCAGGAGGGAAUGAAUGUAGGAGAUACUGAAAUUCGUGAUUAUUUGUUCAAAGUUUUACAAAAUCGUCCUGAUGUCAAAAUUGUUCUAUGUGUCAAUAAAUGUGAAUCCUAUAGAAUUGGAAACGUCUUGGCCGAGCAAUUUUGGAAACUCGGCCUGGGAAAGCCAUACCCAAUAAGUGCUCUACAUGGAAAUGGACUUGCUGAUUUAUUAGAUGCCUGCGUUGAAAACUUUCAAGAUGGACAAUUAGAAGAGGACAAUGAUAUCUUCGUCUCUUUUGUUGGAAGGCCAAACUGCGGUAAAUCUUCCCUUGUUAAUAGAAUUUUCGGAAAGGAUCGAUGUAUAGUAUCUCCUGACGAGGGCACAACUCGGGAUUCUACACAAGUUUCAAUAAUACACGAUGGACAGAAGAUAACUUUGGUAGAUACAGCAGGAAUGAAGUUGUUGACAAAAGACCGACGCAGCUACCUCUCACAAAAGAGCAGUCUAAAGUCUAUAAGAGCGAGUGAUGUUUGUAUAAUGGUAAUUGAUUCAAGUUGGGGUAUCUCUAAGAACGAGUUGAAGAUCGCGGAGGAAAUCAGAAAUGAGAACAAACCAUGUAUUAUAGUAUGCAACAAAUGGGAUUUAAUCGAUAAAGAUCCCUACGUCUACAAAAACGCUGUAAAAUAUGUACGUGAAAAAAUGCACUCGCUCAGCUAUGCUGAAAUCCUACUCACUUCUGCCAAGUCCGGCCAAAGGGUUGACAACAUCAUGCAGCUUGUUCAUGAAAUAUACAAACAGUACUGCACCAACUUGUCCACAACUCUGAUAAAUGAAGUAUUGAAAGAAGCUCUAUUUACACAAAAACCUCCAGCAACCCACGGAAAAAGAUUAAACAUUUAUUAUGCAUGUCAGGCUCAUUCGAGACCUCCUGGUAUUGUUUUGUUUUGCAAUGAUGAGAGGCUACUCACUGAUGACUACAAGGAGUACCUAGAAUUCUUUUUCAGAAAAUCCUUCGGAUUGACUGGUACACCUAUAAUGUGGUAUCCGAGAGCACGUAGACCCAGGAACAUCAUUCCAGACCUUCGCAAGAGAAAACCAGACUUUGAUACAAAGAGCUUAUUAACUCUAUAA